AUGGCAGAUUUAGAUAAUCCCCCGACAGAAACCAUAGAGUAUGAUGACGAUGACGAAUUUCUGUACGGAUCUACUCUUGCCUCAGCAAACGAACAGAUAGCCAACGAAAAAAAUAGCUACAGUUUUCCCAAAAGUGAACAGAAAAGCGCGAGAGAUAAAGAUGGCAAUGACUUGUAUGAUCCGUCCCAUCCAACAUCGGACGAUAAAGUCGAAGACGAUGAUCUCUAUGACAUAUAUGGAGAAGCAACAGUCGAACAAUCAAACUCUGCUUUACAAUUAUCCAAAUAUGAUGAGGACCCUUCCUUAUUGCUCGAUCCGUUGGAUGAUAAUUCAAUUAUAGAUCAAGAUAUGGGAGAUGAUGAUAUUGAAAAGGAAGCCGAACUAAUUUUGGAACAAUCUCAUCAAAAACUGCCACCACAGCAGCGACAAGACUCGUAUACCAGCGAGACAGUGAAUGGUGAAGAAGGAGAUCAUUCAUUAGUAGGAAAUUUGAAUAAAGAUAUGGCAGAAAUGAAUAUUAAUAUUUUUCCUUCUACUCAACAAGAACAAGAGGGACGACAUCAAGAACACGAAAGAUUGAUAACUGAAGAUAAAAUCAUAAUGGAAGCCCAACCAGGAAAGAGUCAUGAUAAUAAUGGAGGUAGACGCGUUGUUGGACUACAAUCAUCAACUACAAGCCGCAAUCCUGCAGUAGAUAUCAAUGCAGUUGGUCAGAUUGAAGGUGUUAAUUUAUAUGACGUGGAUUUAGAUUCUUUCGAGGAUAAACCAUGGAGAAAACCAGGUGCCGAUAUAACUGACUAUUUCAAUUUUGGAUUUAAUGAACACACAUGGCGAUCUUAUUGUGCUAAACAAAAACAAAUACGUCGUCGUGGAAGAGAUCAUGAUGAUUCAGUGAUUCAAGUGGUCUCUAGUGAACGUGAGGCUGUUUUAGAGGAACUCGAACCAAUACCACCUCCACAAAUUGUUGACGGACGACAAAAUGACGAUUAUGGAAUGCAAGACACUGGAUAUCCACAAGAUUUUCCGGGUCCACCGAUGGGAGUUCAUAUGUUUGGUGCACCAGAAAUGGGAGGUCCAAUCGGUGGCCCAAUUGGUGCACCGCCAUUUUUCAUGGGUAAUCCUGAAAUGCCUCCAACUGGUCCUAUGGGCUAUGAUCCUUCAUUCCGUGGAGGACAACCAAUGCGACAAAUGAUGCGAUCUGGAGGUAUGCCGGGCAUGCCUUCUAGAAUACCACCAGGUAUGCCAAAUGCAAUGAGCGGUGGAAUACCAGGAGGUAUGCCGGGUAGAAUACCACCAGGAAUGCCAAGUGGAAUGGCAGGUGCUAUGAUGAGUAGAGGCAGAGGAAUACCAAUGGAAGAUAGAUCGUAUUUUUCGAUGGAUGAACCAUCAUCCUGGGAUAUGGAUAAUCGUAAUCAAUCACAAUAUCGACCAAAUUUUCCGGAUGCUCCAUUUGCACAUCGAAUGCGACCAUCUUCAUUACAUCGACCUGGUGGUGGUAGUGGUCGUGAUACAUCAGUUGAUAGUCGAAUUUCUGAUAGAGCUGGUGGUGAAGAUGAACGCGAUCGAAUUGAGAGAAGUGGUGGUAAUGAUCGAUUAUACUCCGUGUAUGAUAAUAGGGAUCGAGAAGAUAGUCGAGGAUAUCCGUCUAGAGCAUUAAGAGAAGAGGAUCGAUGGGAUGUGUCAAGGAAAAGAAGCGGAAGCUCUGUACCUCGUGAUGAUGACGAGUUCAGAACGAAACGAAGGCAUUAA